UCUUGGGUCCUGGGGAAGACUGGUUCAGUGGGUGGGGACAGUCAUUAUCAGUUUUCUGGACACACAGAGACAGACAGGAUGGAUUUCCUCCGGCUACAUCUCCCUGGGCUGCAUCAGGCCUUGAGAGGGGCACUGGACUCUCUCAAUACCUUUGUUUCCUACCUUAUAGGAGAUGAAGUCCCCACUGUAGAGAGGAAGGAGGCAUGUGCAGCUGAGGAACUGAGGGAGGUGGCUGCAGGAAGGCCCCUGGGGAAGGUGGAAGAGGAAGCCCAGGAGGCCCUGGAGGGUCUUGGAGGCAGUCAAAGCAAGGAGGAUGGAGGGCUGAGACAGCCUGGAGAGACUGGAAGAUGCUGGGAGGAAAGCUCAGCUACAGAACAGACCUCAGGUGGUGGAGAAGGCAGCUCCCAUGGGUCUCAAGCUGAGAGGCAGGACACUGAGGACUGGGAGGCAGCCAAAGCCAUCAGAUGCCAGGAUUCAGGUAUCCCCUUGGAGGCCAGAAAGAAGUCGGAGGCUGGUCAAGAUAGGAGGAGCCAAGCUCUGGAGAGCCAGGAGCAUGAUGAGCAGGAAGUGAAGAGAGAGGAGACACUGAGAACAUGGGAAUGGGAGGAGGAAGAGGUCAGGGCAACAGAGCCAGGGGUGGUGGGAGGGGUGGAGUCAGAGCGGGCCUGGCACAAGGAGCCUGAGGGGAAGGCCGGUGCCGACGGGCACAAGGUGGCAGGGGAUGGCAAGGAGUCAGAGCAGGUGGUCAGUGAGGCAGCGGCAGAGGAGAUCCAGGGCCCUGGGGCCAAAGGGGCUGGCAGGGAAGAAGGGGUGGUGGUGGUCAGGUGUGGUCGAAGCCCAAGGGCACUGGGGACGCAGGAGCCGGGGGCAGAAUCUGAGGAUGGGGAGGCCUCGGGCAGGGAGGAGGCUGACCUCCCAGGAGUCGAGGAGGCAGAAUAUGGGGCAGUCCCAGAAAAGAGGAUCCCAGAGGGUACUGGGAGAGUCUGGGCCCUAGAGGAGACCUCCAAGAGAGACCAGGAGGAGGAGGUGGACGAGAAUAGAGAGACCGAAGUGAGCCUGUUCCCUGAACAGACCCAGGUCCUAGGAACCCGGAGAGUGGAAGCAGAAGCCAAAGGCCAGGCAGCAGGGAGGGAGACUGAGGAAGGUCCGAGGUCAGUGGGGGAGGUAAGGGAGGGCUUUGAGGGUCAGGCAGAUCGGGCUGAGGAAGAGGCCGUGGGGAGGCAAGACUCAGAGGUCAAGGCUGGUCAAGCCAGUCUCAAGGCGGUGGUACAAACAGAGGAGGCUAAGGAGCAGAAGAAGGAGAGUUGCUCGGCUACAGAGGCUGAGCUGCCCCAGGCCAAAGUAGCUAAUGAGGCUAAAGGGGAUGCUGACUUGGAGGCAACCCCAGAGGCCAGGCCCCAGCAGUUCAAUGGGGGAAGGGAGGAGGAAGAGACUCAGACAGGGGAUGAAGCAUUGGAGGAGGAGCGGGGUGGCCUUGAGCACAAGGUCACUGGAGGCCAAGAACCUGAGCUGAUGGGAGGCCCCCAGACCACAACAGAACAACUUGAGGAAGGGCCGGUGGGUAAAGAAGAGCUCCAGAGCAUUCUAGCCCUGAGCAGAGAGGAGACAGGGAGGAGCCUGCAGGAAUAUCCCAGGCACGUGGGGCAUGUGAAUCCUAACAGCUCUGUGACCGAAGCCUGGGAAAAUAGAAGAAAGGAUGUGGAGAGAGAUGAUGCCCAGGAGGAAAAAGGAGAUGCUGAAGAGGGGGAGGAGGAGGCCACAAGAGGCCAGGCAUCGGUGGUGGAGGCUGCAGGAGGCCGAGAGUUGGCACGACCAGCAAUCCCAGAGGCAGGUGGGGAGUGGAUGGAAGCCUGGCAUGGAGCAGAGGAGGCGGAGGCCCCGGGAGCGGAGAACCAGGAGCAGGGCAGAAGGCACGGGGCAGAAGCAGGGACCGGCCAGUUCCUGGGAGAGUUGGACAUCAGAGAAACCCAGGAGGAAGAGGUAGAAGCCCCUGGGCCCUUCGGGGAGGACAGACCCUCAGGGAGAGGCUGGAGGCUGGAGGCGGUGGCUGUGAACCCCCAGAGCAGUGAGGGCCCAGAGGCAAAUUCUUUGGCUAUUGAGAUGGUGGAGGAUAAGGCAGCUUUGGAUGGAGGGGCCCUUGGGCCUGGAGAAGAGCCCGAAAGAGAGGCUGGGGAUGCCUUUGGGAGAGCCUGGGAUUUGGAAGGGAGAGAGGAAGCUCACAGAGGUGAGCUGGUGGAGGCUGCAGAGGGAGAGAAGAGAAGGGGGCAGGAGUUUGGCCUGGAGGGCUCAGCUGAGGAGGAGGUGCCUGGCCAAGGUAGACAAGCAGAGGCUCCUGAGGCUACCCUGGAGGGUAAGCCAGAGGGAGAGGUGACGGGGCUGGGGGAAUCAGCAGGGGCAGAAGGAAUCUGUGAGGUGGAUGACUUUCCCUUGGGCCCACAGGCGCUGAGGGCAAAGGACCUCCCAGGAGGGCAGGCACUGUGGGAAGGAGAGGCUGGGGGAUGGAGAGCAAGGGAGCAGGGGCAAAGCGGUGAGGGGCAGCAUGGGAACCAGCACCCCGAGGAGGGAAAAGCACAAAGGCCCCUUGACGUGGAGGAUGCCGGGGUGACCGGAGGCCAAAAGGCAGAGGCCGCGGAGACUGAUCCAGACGGCCUGGAGGAUAUCCAAGUCCUGGAGGAUGUCCAAGCCCUGGAGGACCAGUCAACCAAUGAGGGCCCUGCAGAGGCUGAGCCUGGACCACGAGGGGAGGCUGACGGGAGCGCUGGACAGGAUGCUGAUGGCAAGUGGGGUGAGGCCCUGCUCCCGGGGUCCCGCCUGGACGUCUCUGUCUCGAGGAGCCGGGUAUUCCUGUCCCGCAGCUCCUCGCAGCGCCGCUCCCGGCCCUCUUUCCGUCGGACCCCGGCCCCUGAGCCACCCGAGGAGCCUCCCAGCCCCCCAACUGAGGAGGAGCCAUCAGCCCCAGAGCAGAGAAUCCAGCCAGAGCAGCCGCCGGAGCCAAGGCCCCCCAGGCCUGAAGGGACUCCACUGCCGGCCAGGAGAAGUCCCUUGGGACAGGGGUUUGGCCUGGCACACCCAGGCAUGAUGCAGGAACUGCGGGCCCGGCUGGGCCAGCCAAAGCCCCAGUGACAGGAUCCGAGGCCCCGGGAGCCAGGCGCCGAGCAAGGCUUGCUGGGACGGCUGGGUCGAACCCAGCUCAGCCUGACUUCCUCUGCCGCUUCGGACGUGUCCUUUUCACCGACCCCCGCUACCCCCCUGGGCCUGAGUUGCUGCAUGUGUCGUCCGUGGAGCAGACAGAACCAGAUGCCAGCGAGAAUCAUGAACUUAAGGAGUCUGCCUCUCCGCUGUGGCUGAUGGACCCCUGCCCUGCUGGGGUUGCCUGUCUCUGAGGACCUGCCUUGCCUGCCUCGUAAAUCUGUCUCAGCUGCUCGGAAAACCGAGUGAAGACAGAGACCGUUCUCCCCCGGGCCUUCCCUCUCGGACGGCACCCACUCUUUGCUCUCCCUAACCCUGUCUCUGACUAGGCCCUCGGUGCUGUGGAGGAGGAACGCGAUCCUCUGAGGUUGAAGCCAGCCUGGAGGAAAGGGUCAGGAGGGACUGUGGAGCUCCAUUUGCAAUCAAAGGGAAGCAUGCCGGUUGCCAGCAUUCUGGAACUUCCAGAAUGGGAGCUGAGUGGGGGAACUCUGUUGGUUACUAUGGCAACCACCAGCUGAACAAACCAGAGUGGGAGAAGGUGGGCCAGAAACCCUCAAAAUGGAGGAGCAGAGAGGAGUCCAGGGUGGCCAAAAGCUGCAGCCUCCUCGCCAGGGCCCCUCGGGGUGUCAGGCACCCCUUCUCUGGAAAGAAACCAAGGCAGAGAGAGGGUGGGAGUGCUUUAUUAGACAGCAUGGUGGCCUAGUCUGAGGAUGACUAGCAGGCCCCCAAAACAAUAAAUAAACCUUCAUUUUUCUAAACAAUAAAUAAAUAUCUAAGAAAUAAAUAUCUGACAAAGA